GGAAGAUAUCUCAGAUGAUACACACAAAAUCCAUUUAUUUAAAUGUGACUUAAUAUAUUAUGAAAUUACUUACAAGUUAAAAUAAAACAUGAACAUUAGAAAAUAUUUUAUGUAUUUAUGAUGCGUAAAAAAAAUUAACAAUUUUAACAAUUCUUUUUAUAUUUUUGUUCAAAAUGUAUUUUUAUUGCAAUUUGCAGGCUACAAGUGGCCCGCGGGCCGUAUGUUUGAGACCACUGAUAUACAUAAUAUAAUAUAUCAUUUCCGUGUAAAGUAACCAUAAAGUUAAGAAUAUUAUUAAUAAAUAAAUGGCGGGAAUUUUUAUCAUCUAUAUUAUACAUUACAAUUGCAUUGAUAAUGCUCCUAAAGUCUGCAGGUUAGGAUUGAAAAAGUUAUAGAAUAUUAAAUUUUAAAACCGCGGCUUAAGACUGCCGUAUCCUAUACUUUACUUGAAAUUAACCUUAUAAAAAUGUAAUUGUGAUUCACUUUUAAGUUUUAUUUAUUUUUUUAUACAAUACUUUGUUAUGAAAUAGGUAAUUGCAUAAUUUAUUAAUAUUUUAAAUCAUUGUUUUCCUAUAAUUGUAAGUCACCAAUCGACAUGAAAAGAUCUCAUAGUAAAGUUCAAAAGAGCCAGCCGGGUAGUUCCAAGCAGAUGAAAAUCACCUCUCUAUUUUCACGCAUGCCUCCAGAGUCAUCAGAAACUAUCAUAGAAUGUAAUAAAAAUGGACCAUGCACAACUCCUAACCCCAAAUCUUUUUCAAGCCCACUAUCAAGUCCAGAUGUUAUACCACCAUCCCCAGUGUUGGAGAAAAAGAGAGGAGCUACCAAAUCUAAAAGAUGUUUAAAUCGUGUUUUAGUUGAUGAAAUUGAACACAAAGAUAAAUUGACCGUUUUAAAUACAGAUUCUGCUCCACAAUUGUCUAAUGAAAAUUUAGGUUCAUUUACAAAGAGCACAGAAAUACCUAACUAUGAUAAUAAUGAUGUCGAUAGUCAGUCUUAUUCAAUUGAUACAGUAUCAGUGGAAAGCUCGUAUACUGAAUUUAGUUCAGACUUCUUGUUAGAUUGCGAUAUUAAUUUAAAUGAACCCCAUCGAUGUAUUAUAAAAAAAAUCGAAAAAGAUUUUGGAAAAUUGUGCUUAACUUUGAGUUCCUGUAAAAGUUAUGAGGAAGAUGUAUGUCAUCUCAGUGGCAUUUGGCUUCAUAGUUUAUUUGAAGUAGGAGACAUUGUAUUUGUAAUGGCAAAAAAAGUCGACGAUUACUGGUCAGUAAAUAGCGAUCAUGGUUUUGUUACCAGACACUCAGACUUUUUGGUGUCUGGCACAACAAUUGUUGGAUCAUUAUUUUGUUCACGGCGCUCAGUUCUUGCGGAUAUAUAUAAAGGACUCGACUGUUCCUCUGCUGUUAUGGUUAUUGGAACACUUCUCCACCAAUUGCUUCAAACGGUUUUAAAAAGAAAGCAGUUUAAUCAAAAAGACAUCAAAGCUGUGGUAGAUGAAAUGAUAAAUAGUCCAGGUUUUGUGCAUACCCUCUAUGAAUCUGAUAUGAAUUUUGAAACAACCAAAAAAGAGCUGAUGGAUUUUAUACCAAAAAUUCAAAACUUUGUUAGAACUUAUUUGCUUGAUAAUCAAAUAGGGAAGGACAAAAGGACUUGGCAAGGCAAAAUAGUUUCAAUUGAAGAUAUAGAAGAUAAUUUAUGGGUACCAGUAUUUGGCGUUAAGGGUAAAGUAGAUAUUACUGUACUAGCCAAUUAUGACGGUAAAUCCAAAACGAUGCCUAUUGAAUUGAAAACUGGCAGAGCUUCUGGAAGUGAGGAGCAUCGUGGCCAAGUAAUAUUGUAUACAAUAAUGAUGAAAGAAUUGGGUAUGGAUGUAGAUUCAGGCUUGUUAUUAUAUCUCAGAGAAAAUGUAUUGACUCAAGUAAAAGUUGGUCAUAGAGAGAAACGAGAUUUGAUAAUGCUACGUAAUCGACUUGUACACUAUUUGAAUGCAAAUAAAAUAGUUUCAGACCCUAUUGAUGACUAUAUUCCAAUACUGCCUGAACCCAUAAACCAUCACAGUGCAUGCUCAAAAUGUCCUUAUUUAACUGCAUGCUCUGCUGUUUUAAGCAAAGAAGGUUUUGAAAAAUUGGAUCAUCAUAAUCCAUUAAAAAGUUUAGGCCCUCAAGCUAUAAGUCAUUUAAAAUCUGAACAUAUUAAUUAUGUAAUGCAGUGGACUGCUUUUUUACAGUUGGAAAAUUCAAUUGAAAAUACUAAAGAUAAUUUAAGUGCAAAAGCUAGUGAUUUAUGGACAUUGUCUUAUUUUGAACGUGAGAAACGUGGAAACUGUAUUAGUUUAUUGAAAAUUAAAAAUGUGGUAAAAGAACAGGGAAACCGGUAUUAUUUAAAUACAAUGGAAAAAUCAAAGAAAUCUGAUAAAAUCAAACAUACUAAUUUCUCUCUCAAUAAUUAUGUAGUAGUCAGUACAAAUCAUCGAAAUGCAGUUGCAACUGGUUUUAUAUCAGCCUUAACUGAAACAUCAAUUAAUGUUUUAUUAGAUAGAGAUUUGUCCAAACUAGGACCUACCGAAUUCCAUGUAGAUAAAUAUGAGUCUCAAUCAAUGGUAGCAUUUAAUUUUUCUAGUUUAGCGCUUUUAUUAGAACCGAGUGAAAAUUCAGCUAAAUUAAGACGAUUUAUUAUUGAUAAAGAAAUGCCUUCCUUUUUAUCAUCAGACAAUCACUUAGAUUCAUUCAUUAAAAGCUCAGGAUUAACUUUAAAUUUGAAUUCAUCACAAAGAUCUGCUAUUAUCAAGACUUUGGCUGCAGACAACUAUGCGCUCAUUAAAGGUAUGCCUGGAACUGGUAAAACAUCAACUGUGGCUGCUCUUAUUCGAUUACUUGUACUGAUGGGUCGUUCAGUGUUGGUCACUUCUCAUACUCAUUCAGCUGUUGACAAUUUAUUAUUGUUAUUACAUAAAAAUAAAAUUGAUUUCUUGAGAUUGGGUUCAAAGGCACGUGUUCAUCCAGAUCUGUGGGAAAAAUGUGAUGAAGUGGUCUCUCAAAGUUGUGACACACCUGAAAAAUUAUCAAAGCUGUACAAUCAAGCGAAUAUUGUUGGUGUAACUUGUCUUGGGUGUGGACACGCAUUACUUCAAAAACGUACAUUUGAUGUGUGCAUUGUAGAUGAAGCUACCCAAGUGGUACAAUCAUCAGUUAUAGCAGCUCUUCAUUCGUCCAAGGUGUUUGUUUUAGUUGGUGACCCUCAACAACUACCACCUCUAAUUAAAAAUCAAAAAGCAAAAGAAUUGGGUAUGGAUGUCAGUAUGUUUGACAGAUUAGAUAGGCCAUCUGUUACUGCCGUACUUCAUGUUCAGUAUCGAAUGAAUGGUCCUAUAGCAGAACUUGCCAACAAAUAUACUUAUAACGGGAGUUUGCAAUGUGCCAAUGAUUCUGUAAAAUAUGCAACUCUUAAACUUAAUGAAACGAAUGAUAAUGAUGAAUGGUGUAAAGAUAUUGUAUCAUCAGAUUUAGAUAAGUCUGUUUUACUCUUGGAUACAGGAACCGUGUAUAGUAGUUCAACAGACACAAAUUUGAUGGAAAUUAUAGUUGUCAGAAAAAUUGUUUUACUUUUAAUACAAGGUGGACUCUCCGCUAAAUCAAUUGGUGUCAUUGCCCCUUAUAGAGCCCAAGUAGCACUUUUAAAAAAUGAGAUGGCUUGUGUGCACUCACAAAUUGAAGUCAACACAGUAGAUCAAUAUCAAGGACGAGAUAAAGAAGUUAUAAUAUACUCGUGUACAAAAAAUACUGUUUCUAAGGAUGUUGGUAUAUUGAGUGAUAAAAGGAGAAUAACUGUAGCUAUAACAAGAGCAAAACAUAAGCUAAUAAUGAUUGGUGAUGUAACCACAAUGAAAAAUUACGAAACUUUCAAUAGCUUGUUCUGCCAUAUUCCUAAUAUUAUAAGACUACCUCAAUUGUGAAAUUGUACGUAGAUAGAGCUUAAAUUUUAUUUUAUUUCUACAUUUAAUUAUUGUAACUGAUAACCUCUACAAAUACAUUAAACUAUGAUGUAAUUUAAAUGUAAUUCUAAGAUUUAUAGAAAAAUGGUUUAAAGAUUAACAUUAAAUUUCUUAGAUUUACAUUAAAAAAUUUAAAGUUUUAAGAAGAACACCUGAACACACUGAUUUAUUGGACAAUACUUACAUUUUUUACAAUAAAAUAAUAUUUAAAUUA